AUGGCUCCCCGCAUCUUUCCAAGGUUGACCGCCAGCCCGCUGCAGGCCACGACGUACUUGCUAGGUGUUGCUCUAUUCAGCAUCUCCUUUUUGGUCUUCCUCAACAGCAGCAUCUCAUUCGUGGUGACGGAGGUGAUUGGGCGCAAGGAAAGAGUUGGAGAUGCAGUCGGGACAUUGGGCUUCGCUGACGAGCUGGUGGCAUUGGUGGCAUGUCCGCUCUGGGGCCUACUGAGUGAUCGUGUCGGGGUGAGAUUGGUCGCAGUGGCGGGGUAUUUGAUAGUGGCAUUGAGUCUGGUAUGCCUGGUGCAGAGCUCCAAUGUCUAUCCCGAGCUGUUGCUGGGAAGGAUGCUCUUCAGUGUGGGCGCGGCGGCGUGCACCACGAUGGUCACUGCGGUUCUGCCUUCAAUGCUCGCAGACAGAAGUGCCAAGUCGAAAGCGGACGAGGAAUAUCGACCUGCCAGUGCAGACGUCGCCAGACUUCGAGACGAAAGGAACGGCACUCUCAGUCAUGCGCCUUCGCCAAGUGUAAACAGCGAGCUGACUAUCACUCCUAACCGAUACGCGUCGGACUCGCAGCGAGGUCGCAAUACGUCUGAGGAAAUGGACGGCGAGCGGGAAGAAGUAGACUCUGCGGUGGGCACCUCGCAGCUGGCCGGCCUCGUAGGCUUGUUCACUGGCUCUGGAGCUCUGCUGGCACUUGCGCUGUUUCUUCCACUCCCCGCUUGGCUUCAGAAUGACGGUCUAGGGCGGGUGCAGAGCGUUCAGGUCAGCUUCUAUCUAGUCGCUGCUGCUGCUGCUUGCGUCGCCAUAUUUGUUUUCAUCGGACUGAGGAAUCUUCCCGGGGAGCAGGGGAAGAGCCUUUCUGCCAUCUUGCGGAUUCCUUACGAUGAAACAACGACACUUGGUCAAGAUGGCCAUCCGCAUACUACCCUAACCCCUGCGCYAUCAUACAUCAUCUUGGCCAAGGAGGCCUUGACGCUGGGUUUCACUGAUCCGGCCAUUGGGCUGGGCUACCUCGGCGGAUUCGUUGCCCGUGCAUCAAGCGUAUGCAUCAGCCUGUUCAUCCCUCUGUUUGUAAAUGCCUACUUUGUCCGGAAUGGGUUGUGCACUUCAAACCCGGACAAUCUCACCGACAUCAAGGACAACUGCGAGCGUGCAUACAAGCUUGCUGCUGCGCUUACCGGAAUCGGUGAGCUGGCGGCGCUCCUUUGUGCUCCAAUCUUCGGCUGGCUAGGCGGACGUGCAGCCAAAGGAAAGUCAGAGUGGCCUUUGCUUGUCGCGACAGUCUUCGGCAUAGUUGGGUACACUAGCUUCGGCUUCCUCAAGAACCCUGACGCCUUCCACGGUGACGGCGGCCAGUGGGCUUUGAUAUCAGUGAUCUUCAUUGGCWCCAGUCAAAUUGGCAGCAUUGUUUGCUCGCUCGGUCUGCUUGGCCGUGCUGUGAACCAAGACCCUCAACUUUCUCAGCCUGCGAAGGAACACAGAACUGAGACGCUGAGGCAAGACGAUGUGGGUCCGAUAACCGGCGAAGAGACAGCUGCACUGCUUCCGGGCACCCAGCCGGUCUCCUCCUCAGGAAAGGUGGACAGAUCACGUCUGAAGGGCAGCAUUGCGGGCAUGUAUAGUCUUGCGGGAGGUGUGGGGAUCCUGCUGCUCACUAAAGUUGGUGGCAAGCUUUUUGAUCGAUCUGCUGGCGCGCCAUUCUUCAUGAUGGCAGGCUUCAACGGCUUGUUACUCGUCGCUAUUGUGCUUGUUAGGGGUGGGGCCGCGCUGUGGAGACAGCACAGUGUCAAAAGUCCGGCGAGAGGCGCAUAA